GGUCGGCGAAGAGGAACGUGAAGCAGUUUGUAAACAUGGCAGACGAGGUGGUGAGGCGGCGUGAGCUGCGUAGGAGAAAGAUAUUAGAGAAUGCUGAGGAGAGGAAGAGGAAAAUAUUUGGUAGCAGUGCCACGGCUAAUGAUGCCACGCUUACCAACCAAGUGCAAAAGCCAGAUGGUCUUGGGUUAUCAGCACCACAUACACUCCUAGCACCUGAUCCUCUGAGUGAAGAAGAGUUGGAUAGCAGUCCAACAUUUAAUGUCAGCAGUUCUACAAUCAACACUGAUCUAUACAGUGAUGCAAGCAAUAUUGGUAUCAGGAAAGAGUGCAUUAAUGUUACCCAGUCAAGCCUUGCUAAUUCUAGUAGAAUUCAAAAUGGUUCUGUACCUGACUUAAAUGAACAACUAAUAAAUUUUAAUAGGUUAAUGACAGCUAAUGGUGGCAUCAGUUCCAAUACUGCACAUAGCAGGGUAAUUCAGGAAGACGUCCAGCUUAUUGCCUCCGUUGAGACACACAAGUCCUCUGUCAUACUUGUUGGAAUUGCCUUAUUAGUGUGCUCUCUGUUUUACUUCAAUUAUGGCUACAUUAUGUUCAAUAGCAUUUCAGCUCCAUUUAUACUAUUGGAAGCUCUACUCCUAUGGCGUCAAAGGAAUGCUAUUGAAGCCAGCUCUAGAGGUGGAGCUGGUUUCUUGGGGAUUGCUCUUAUGUUGUGUGGAGUCCAGCAGACUACAAUUACUGUAUAUGCUCAUUUAAUUACUAUUGUUAAGUGUUUCUUUGAAGAUUUUGCUAUGUAUAUAUUAACUGUUGUGCUAUGGUGCACUGUGAUUGGGAUACCAGGAUUAGUGCAGUCAGAUUCUUUGGGAUUUUCCCAUCGAAUCCAACCAGAGGAUAACAUUCCUAAUGCAGAUAUGUAUAAUUAUGAGGAACAUUUUUAGCACUAAGUCAGCGACUAUCCACUGUGCCAAUUUCAGUACUGUAUAUAUUCUUUCUGCUUUUUUCAGUUAAUACUUACUUUCUGAUUAUUCAAAUUAUAUAGAUUAUUACCAACUUACCUUCAAAGUGUCAUAUAAAUUAAUUUCAAAUUGAAAAAUUGAAGGAAUCAUUUUUUUUAAUAAAUGAAUAUUCCUACUUUCUCUUUUGUUUAAUAUUUACAUGAUUGCUCAACUGAAGAUUUAGUUUUUACAUAAUGGCAAAUUAAAUGAUUGUACAAUCUAAUAAGUUAUUUUUUUUUUUUAACUAACAGAAAACAAUUUGAACAGCUUUGUCAUGGGAGUUGCUGACAUUCCUUCCCUCCACCUUAUUAUCUUAUAGAAUUAGUGAAUACUACCGCUAAUUCAGAUUUACUUUCUUGUUUACUUCACCAGUGAGGUUACCAUGUGGUGGUUCCAAGGAUCAAUGUCCCUGCAGCCUUUGUUAUCCUUUUAUAUAAAUUAACCCAGUGUGGAAUCAUUGGUCAAGAUUGACUUGAAUGGAAAAUUGUGACGCAAAUCGAAUUUCAAGAUUUCGAGCCAUAAGCAUAUAUCAGGGAGCCAUGGUGAUGCCACCAAGACCUUGAACAUUUAUAAGCAUUUUGAAUAUUAAAAUUUAUUUUGUUUAAUGGUUGUGUGUGUGUAAUUGCUGUACUUAAGUUAUGCUUAGUGUGAUUCUUGAGAACAUAAUUAGGUGAGCAUGACAUUUGCAUGCAACAUUGCGAGCUGUGUAUGUAUGCAUGGGUAAACAUUUUUAAUGCGCAGAAAGGAAUUUCCUGAGUUAGAGCUUACUUAGCAGUUUGAUCAAGCAUUAUUCUCAAUAUUAUGAGUCAAAUUGCAGUGCUCGGCAAUAAAACUACAUUAGGAUGAUAAUGUAUCAUUAUUUAAAUUUCCUCACAGCUUGGAUGUCAAUGGUUUUUCCUCUCCACUCAAUAUGGGCCACUCAACAUCACUUUCAACAUAAAUAAGUUCAUUGAUCAAUGUUAAGUUAAACUACUGGAACUAGUUUACUGCUUUAUGUCUUUUUAAACUAUCACCCACUUAUGUUCCUUUAUUUUAUUUUGUAAAAUGGAAAUAACAGUGAUAGUAACAAAUCAAAUUGCUAGAUAUUAGAACUCCAGCUGAAGCUAUAAGAGCCUUAGACCAAAACCUUGUUAUAUAAAAGGUGUUAAUAUUGAGCUUAAUUAAGAAAGGGAAUAUUGAUUAGUAAAUGCUAAGUGGUAAUGGCAUGGUAUUUCUAAUAUGUCAAGUCAUAAUUGUUUGGAAAUUUGCUUCCUUUCCUUUUCUUUCCAUUUUAAAGGAAAUGCUUUUUAAAAUGCAGCAGAAUAGUUAUGAUUCAGUUACAAAAAUAAGGAUUUAUUUUAAAGUUACAGCUGGAUUUUUAAUUUUGAAAAUAAUUGCAUAUUUGUGGCUAAGUUCUGAAUAUUGAGCAUAAGUAUUUUGGCUCAGUUGUCAAGAUUAGUUGGUAUUAAUUAACCUGUUAAUCAUGGCUCAUUUUAUAAUGCUGGCACCAAGCCUUAAAACUUGAACCGAGAUGAGGUUUUCUUCGUGGCAUCAGUUACUUGAUAUGCAAUGCUUGUACCCAACUUUCAAGACAUUCUUCACAAAGUAUUUUAAAUAAAGGACUGCAAAUUUUGUUUUCUAGAGGUUUUGUAUUUAAGAUUGUUUCUCUUAACCCUUGCACUGCUCUGUCCGUUAUUUGUAAUUACCUCAUGUGUACAAAUAACCCCAAGUGAUAUUUUCCCAUUUGAUUUGUUAACUUUUUUUUUUUUUUAUGCGCAUAUGAUGUAUUACAUUUAAAUAGCUGAACAGUCCAGGGGUUAAAUUUUAAGGAUAAAUAUGCUUCUGUCUUACUUUUUCCACAAUAUAUUUAAUUUUUGUGUAAGUACAAUAUACUGCUCAUGUCACUGCUGUGCUGUAAUAUCUGCUCGUGUCACUAAUAUGCUACAAUAUAAACUGCUCGUGUCACUAAUGUUCUAGCACAGGCAGCUUGAAAAUAAACAUAUUCCACAAGAUUACUUAAUGCAGUAUAGGGGUUUUAUAACCCAAUUCACUCAGGAAGGUCUCGUCCAGUAGUGGAUUGGUAAAGGCUGGAAUAUUAUUGCGUAUUUGUAUAAAUAACAUUGUACAGUAAACCCCUAAAUGUUUGGUAAUUUACCAUUGGCCAAUUUUAAUUUUUUUUUAGCAAAGCACGGUACAUAAAACUGUUAUCAGUGAGAUAAAUGGGACCUUCUCACAGUUUUGCUAUUUGUCCAAAUGUUAUGCAUAAAAAAUGCAAUAAAAAUAAAUACAAAAUAA